AUGUCUGAGCAAUCAAAGGCCAUAGCGCCGCUUCUCCUUGAUCGUCCACCAAGCCCGUUAGCCGAGCCCCCAACCUCGGAUGUGCAGCGUGACGGGUCGAAUCACGGCAAACCGCAAGAGAAAGCAAGAUCAUCUCCGUCACUCCCGGUCAACCCACCUCCGACGCCACAGACGCCAUCGAUCAUUGCAGCCACAAUGCGACAAGAUGCCUUGACAGCCAACAGCGUCGGACCUGAGCUUCCAAUCUCCCCACCGCCAAGUCCUCCUCCUGAUCAAGACCUGAUGCGGCGGCGUGCAUCAUUCCAGUUUUCGGAAUCAUUAAUGGUAUCCAAGCGGCAGGCUGCCUCAGUCCACGGAACAUUAGUCAGACCUGUUAUCUACGAUUCUCCAGAUGUUUUCUAA